CACCACUUUCAUACACAACCUGUUUAGGUGAGGGGUCAGCUUCAGUGGGAGGCAGCUUCUGGAGUGAAAAUGGAGGUGUUGCAUGCUGGGCUUGUAUUAUUGCUGUUUUGUUCUGCCUAUAGUUAUCAGUUUAGAAGUAGUGCUGGGGAUGACCCGUCUGUGCAGGAUCCUGAAUUAGAGUGGGAGAGAAUGGAGACAGUGAUAGGUGAAGAAAUGAUGCAAACCCCUCCACGUGAAACAAAAUUCUUGAAGAGUGCAUCUGGUAGCGACUCUUCAACACCUGAAGCCAUGAAUGUUCCUCAGUAUGUGACUGUCUCAGCUUCCGAGGACCAUGAAGAAGUCUUCAAGCCAGAAAAGGGUGCCAGACCCCUCCCUGACUUGAUCAAGGAAAUAUCGCUUGUGACAGCUACCCCUACUCUAGAAAGUGAAAAAAGAAUAGCCAGAAUGGCAUUGGUUGAAAUCCUGUGCCAUGUUGACAGAAUAUAUGUAAGGAUCAGGAGAGAGAUCUUCAAGACUAUGGAUGCAUACAAAUAUUUGACACUAGGCACCUGUCCUGUUAAUCAAGGUACCAAUGCCCACUACUACCUCCUGUACCUUCUGAAAACUAACUGUGGGUUCAAGAAAGAGAGUCAUGCAGAUUAUUGGUCUGUUCGCAAUGUGCUCCACUACAAGCCAACCUCUCCAGUUUUAAGGGACAUGCCAUUUGACAUUCCCCUGCAGUGUAAAUUUCCCAGGUUUUUCAACUCCUAUGCAGUUGGCUUCUAUCCUGUAUUACAGGGAGGCAUAAUUUUCAAAGCACUCAAACAAAAAAAUUGUUUCACCCUUGCUACUCAAGAUGCAUCAGGGAAGGAAAUCACUGGUACCAAAACCUACACCUUGGGCCAGCCAAUGUACUUUGAGGCAAAGCGAUGUGGCCACCUUUCAGGGUCUGGCGAUCAGAGGCUGUACAUCCACAAGUGCUUCAUGACUGCCUCAAAAAACCCCAACUCAUAUCCUAAAUAUACAGUCAUUGACAACCAUGGCUGCAUGAUUGAUGGCAAGGUGACUAAACAGUCAAAGUUCCUCACUUGUGCCUCAAAGAUGGUCCAGAAAUUCAGUGUGGGUGCCUUGAUUUUCAAGGGCCAUGUUUCCACUCAUGCUUCAUCACAGCAACUCUACAUGCACUGUGAGAUCUCAAUGGGGAAACUUACUCCGACUCAAAAUUCAAAGGCUUGCAAUUAUGAUCAAGCUACCAAAAAAUGGCAGGAGCUGUACGGUUAUCACUCUGUGUGCCACCACUGUGCAUCAACCUGCUCCUCAGCACACCCUAAAGCUACUGGGAAGAUCAUCUCCAGUCACCCUUGGAAGGUUCUGAGCAGCAAGGAUGGCGAUGCAGAGGCUGACCCUCAGAUGAAAUCCUUUGAUGUUGACUCACUCAAUUUGGAGGACCCUGACAUGGCAGAGCAUAAAGACUUCCUAGACCACUGGGAGCAUGAUUACUGAAAUUCUGAAUUUUAAAUUACUUGCUCUAUUGAACUGUCAUGACAAGAGAUAAAAAAUUCAAAUUUGUA